AUGUCUGCAGGCCUCGAAUUUGCUGCGGGGAUAUUCGCUAUCAUUGGCGUUGCUGAAGUUAUCGUGCGAACGGGCCGGGAGGUCCAUGGUUUCCUGCGCGAUAUUUCUGGCGCUCCAGAAGAGAUUGAUCGAUUAUGUACUACUGUCAAGGAAACCACACUCCUCGCUGAGACCAUCAAACAAAUUCUGGAAACGCUCGCUAGCCGGAAACCAGCAGAUACCACGGAUCGCAUUACAGCUCUAUUCGAAUCUGCACUUAAGAGCUUACAACGUGAACUUCAAAAUUUGAGGAUACUCAACGCGAGAUUCAGAGGUGUGAGCAACAAGACUUGGAGUAGGGUGAAGUACGUUCUGGACGAACGUAAAGUCAACAAGGUGUUCAACAAUCUUGAGCGGGCAAAGAGUUUACUCGCAAACUCUCUGCACGUCGCAAGCAGGCAAAGAUCUGACGACCAACAUCUGGAGACUCUAAAGAGGCACAACACAACUCAAAAGUUGUUGGCUUCGACUAAGCGGAACCAAGCCACACUGAUACAAGGACAAGAGCUUCUGGGGCGUCUGGCAGUCUGCCAUUAUCAGGAAACAAAACGAGCUUCAAAAGAAAUAGCGAUUGCUCACCAAGAGCAUCUGAUUGAGCAUCAAAGGACCCGAGACGUACUAUCGGCAAAGCUUGAGGAUGUCAUCGUCACCCAGUUCGAGAAGUACCGCAUCUCUCGCGCUAGAUCCGUGUCGACUAGAGAUGUCUUCUUCUUUGGUGAACGUCGCGAUAUGAUCAUGGCUUAUCUGCUCAUUGUCAAACCCCAUUUGGAAAUUGCGCUUGCCAAUUUGUUCAACGACGGUAUCAGCACCUUUCCACCAUAUUACAUUUCCUGGCUACAGUCCGAGUACGAGAACCUCAUAGCAUCAGCAGCGCAGGAGGAAGCGACAAAGCACCCGCAGUCCACUGCGACCUCUCUGGACCGUUGGCAUUACUCUGAAGAGACCAAAUCGCGCCAUCUGACGACACCUCGGCGUGUAAUAGGGCAAUCCAAGAUCAGGUCUACUACACAAGAAGCGCAUUACGCGAACCUCUACCUCAGCACACCAGCUAUCGCUCACAAAUCCUCAUAUACACAUACUACUCCGUUCGGCAGUCUGCGUUUACAAACUUCUCGCAGAGCGUCCAGAUCGAAGCUUCGACGUCCAGAUGAGGAGGCUAGCUUCACUUUCACUUGCGGUAUCGGGCGGUCACUCCACGCUAUUCAUGCCCACUUUCUUCGCAACGCUUCCGGUCCAUCGAAUCCAAGGCUCUGCGCCCAACUCAGUGUCUUUACCUUGGCUGAGUCCGAAACCCACUACAACCAGCUUUUCGCAUCUGCUAGUGCUCACGAGAUCGAUGAUGCACUACGACAAGGCGUGAUUUCUCCGUAUGAGAUCAACCGAGAAGGAAGAAAUCUAUGUCUCUAUUAUGCUGCAGAGCACACACGGAUAGACCUGUUCGAUUACUUGGCAAGUCAAGGUAUCGGCGUAUCAAACCUGAACCACGAUGUUAGCCUAGUCGCAGGUCUCUUCAUGCGCUCGAUAGUCGAUCAUGAUCGAGUCGCAUUCGAGAGAACCGUUGAUCACAUCAUUCCUCAGGUCCAUGAGUCGUCCUCAUUUCUUUUCGAGACAACAAUGAAUAUGCUGCUUUGGGACUACUAUAAAGGCAGAUCGCGUUCUCUAUUGGGUGAACAGAUACAAAGAUUACAGCAAGAGGGUCUCAUAUCGGAAUCAGUAAUUCUCAAUGAUGACCCGUGGGACUGGCCUUCUGUAGCAGGUAUCAUUGCACCACUCUUCGAAAUUGAUGCUGCAUACAUCAACACGAUGGGUAGUCUUGGCCGCAACAGAAUCCAGCGUUGUUAUUGCGUUAUCGAUCAUGAAGGCAGUCCAGGAGACCCGAUGGCUAUCGAAGAAAUCGCCAACGCGCUGAUAAGAGCGGGUAUCGAUGUACACCAUCGCGAUCAUGAUGGUCUGACGCCGAGUAUGUACGCUAAACGCUGUGGCGCAUGGGAUGGAUGGUGCAGUGCGCUUGCGAGGAACGGAUUGCGCAUUGAAGACGUGGUGCGAGAAGAAAAGGCGGAAUGGCUUUUAGAAGAAGGAUGGAGAGAACAUUGGGUGGAAAGGUAUGAAGAGAUAUGGAAGCCUGUUGAUCAUGGGUCUGUGCUGGCGCAGAAGACGGAGGACGGAGAAUAG